AUGGCUCUUCAAACCAACGACGAAAUUGCAUUCGGAGGCAAUAAAUUUGAUAUGUCAUGGGGGUCACGUGACCAGCAUGGCGCCGCUGUCGACUGGACUCUCACGCAGAGGGCUCGCUUUGAGGACUUUCUGAACCUCCGAACCAGCCCUGAGCACCUCCGAACCAGCCGCCUCCGAACCAGCCCAGUGAACUCCGACCACGUGCGUUCCCCUCCACCUCAACUUGGGGGACCCUCACACCUAAAAACUGGUGCCAUUAGCUGGUCCCAACAAGCUUCGGUGGAGGUUCAUCCAGAGGAGGACACCUCCCAGCCCCCAGUGGAGGUUCAUCCAGGGAGGACACCUCCCAGCCCCCGAGUCGGUGGAGGUCAUCCAGAGGAGGACACUUCCCAGCCCCCCGAGUCGGUGGAGGUUCAUCCAGAGGAGGACACUCCCAGCCCCCGAGUCGGUGGAAGGUUCAUCCAGAGGAGGACACCUCCAGCCGACGGUGGAGGUUCAUCAGAGAGGACACCUCCAGCCCCGAGUCGGUGGAGGUUUCAUCCAGAGGAGGACACUUCCCAGCCCGAGUCGUGGAGGUUCAAGGAGGACACCUCCAGCCCCCCCGAGUCGGGGUUCAUCACAGAGGAGACACCAGCCCCGAGUCGGUGGAGGUUCAUCCAGAGGAGGACACUCACCCCGAGUCGGGGAGGUUCAUCCAGAGGAGAGAGGAACUUCCCAGCCCCCCGAGUCGGUGGAGGUUCAUCAGAGGAGGAACCUCCAGCCCGAAACGGUGGAGGUUUCAUCCAGAGGAGGACACUUCCCAGCCCCCGGUGGAGGUUCAUCCCUUCAGCCGAGUCGGUGGAGUCAUCCAGAGAGGACACCUCCAGCCCCCGAGUCGGUGGAGGUUCAUCCAAGAGGGAGGACCCCAGCCGGAAACGGUGGAGGUUCAUCCAGAGGAGGACAUUCCAGCCCCCCGAGUCGGUGGAGGUUUCAUCCAGAGGAGGACCUUCCAGCCCGAGUCGGUGGAGGUUCAUCGAGGAGGAUACUUCCCAGCCCCGAGUCGUGAGGUUCAUCAGAGGAGGACACUCAAACGGUAGGAUCAGAGGUACCUCAGCCCCCGAAGGUGGAGGUUCAUCAGAGGAAGGACACUUCAGCCCCCGAGUCGUGGAGGUUCAUCCGAGGAGACACCUCCCAGCCCCGGUGGAGGUUCAUCCGAGGAGGACACUUCCAGCCCCCGAAGGGAGGACACUUCCCAGCCCCCGAGUCGGUGGAGGUUCAUCCAGAGGAGGUUCCCAGCCCCCGAGUCGGUGGAGGUUUCAUCCAGAGGAGGACACUUCAGCCGAGCAGGUGGAGGUUCAUGCAGAGAGAGGACCUCCCAGCCCCGAAACGGUGGAGGUUCAUCCCCAGAGAGGACACUUAACAGCCCGAGUCGGUGGAGUUCAUCCAGAGGACCCCGCCCCCGAGUCGGUGGAGGUUCAUCCAGAGGAGGACACUUCCCAGCCCCCCGAGCGGUGGAGGUUCAUCCAGAGACACUCCCAGCCCGAAACGGUGAGGUUCAUCCAGAGGAGGACACCCCCGAGUCCUCCAGCCCCGAAACGGUGGAGGUUCAUCAGUAGAGGAGGAGGUUCAUCAGAGGAGGACCCAUCCCGCAAAACCCCAUCGGUGGAGGUCAAUCCCAGAGGAGGACACCUCCCAGCCCCCCGAGUCGGUGAGGUUCAUCCGAGAGAGGACACUUCCCAGCCCCCCGAGGUUCCCAGAGGAGGAAGGGUAUCAUCCAGAGAGACACAUUCCAGCCCCCGAUCGUGGAGGUUCAUCCAGAGGAGACACCUCCAGCCCCGAGUCGGUGGAGGUUCAUCCAGAGGAGACACCCUCCCAGCCCCGAAACGGUGGAGGUUCAUCCAGAGGAGGACACCCCAGCCGGUGGAGGUUCAUCAGAGGCAGCCCGAACGGUGGAGGUUCAUCAGAGGAGGACACUUCCCAGCCCCCCGAGUCGGUGAGGUUCAUCCAGAGGAGGACACUUCCCAGCCCCCGAACGGUGGAGGUUCAUCCAGAGGAGACCUCCCAGCCCGAGUCGGUGGAGGUUCAUCCAGAGGAGGACACUUCCCAGCCCCCGAGUCGAGGAGGACACUCCAGCCCCCCGAAGUCGGUGGAGGUUCAUCCAGAGGAGGACACCCAGCCCCCGAGUCGGUGGAGUUCAUCAGAGGAGGACACUCCCAGCCCCCCGAGUCGGUGGAGGUUCAUCCAGAGGAGGACACUCCCAGCCCGAGCGGUGGAGGUUCAUCCAGAGGAGGACACUUCCAGCCCCCAACGGUGGAGGUUCAUCCAGAGGAGACCUCCCAGCCCGAAACGGUGGAGGAGUCGGUGGAGGUUCAUCCAGAGGAGGACACUUCCCAGCCCCCCGAGUCGGUGGAGGUUCAUCCAGAGGAGGACACUUCCCAGCCCGAAACGGUGGAGGUUCAUCCAGAGGAGGACACUUCCCAGCCCCCCGAGUCGGUGGAGGUUCAUCCAGAGGAGGACACUUCCAGCCCCCGAGUCGGUGGAGGUUCAAUCCAGAGGAGGAACUUCCCAGCCCCCGAGUCCGGUGGAGGUUCAUCCAGAGGAGGACACCCUCCCAGCCCCGGUGGAGGUUCAUCCAGAGGAAGGACACUCCCAGCUCAUCCAGAGGAGGACACCUCCCAGCCCCCGAGUCGGUGGAGGUUCAUCCAGAGGAGGACACUUCCCAGCCCCCCGACGUGGAGGUUCAUCGCAGAGGAGGACACCUCCCAGCCCCCGAGUCGGUGGAGGUUCAUCAGAGGAGGACACUUCCCAGCCCCCGAAACGGUGGAGGUUCAUCCAGAGGAGGACACUCCAGCCCCCCGAGUCGGUUCAUCCAGAGGAGGUCCAGCCCCCCGAGUCGGUGGAGUUCAUCCAGAGGAGGACACUCCCAGCCCCCGAGUCGGUGGAGGUUCAUCCAGAGGAGGACACUCCCAGCCCCCCGAGUCGGUGGAGAGGAGGACACCUCCCAGCCCCCGAGUCGGUGGAGUUUCAUCCAGAGUCCAGCCCCCGAGGAGGUUCACCAGAGGAGGACACUUCCCAGCCCCCCGAGUCGGUGGAGGUUCAUCCAGAGGAGGACACUCCAGCCCCCGAGUGGAGGUUCAUCCAGAGGAGGACACUUCCCAGCCCCCCGAGUCGGUGGAGGAGGACACUUCCCAGCCCCCCGAGUCGGUGGAGGUUCAUCAGAGGACACCUCCAGCCCCCCGAGUCGUGGAGGUUCAUCCAGAGGAGGACACCUCCCAGCCCCCCGAGUCGGUGGAGGAGGACACCUCCCAGCCCGAAACGGUGGAGGUUCAUCCGGAGGAGGACACCUCCCAGCCCGAGUCGGUGGAGGUUCACCCGAAGGCCACUUCCCGUCCCAAGGUCGAGGGGCCAUGGCGCAUCGCUGAGAGGGUCGCGUUGGACCUAAAAGGGCGAGUCCGCUCUAGGGCGAAGGCGCCUCAGCCCACCCCAGUCCCCGACCCUUCUGCCGAGGUUCGCCAGGUGGCGCCGUGGAGGACCAUCACCUUGUCCCUCCAUUUCAGCCCGCGGGAACUUUCCGCCGCCGCGGGGCCGGGCUUGAGCCACGUCCGGCUGGUCAAGGAACGGUUCCCCGUGCGGAUCCAGGUCCCCAGGCGGAGGGGCGAGCCGCUCGUGGACCAGGGGCCCCGCGAGGCCACGGAGAGCGCCGCCCACUUCUUAUGGAAGUUCGCGGCUGUCAUUGCCUUCAUAGUAUUUGUCAAUGAAGUGGAUGUGCUUGGUGCAGGGACAUCAGCUUCUCAACAUCAGGCUGAAACAUACUAA